AUGGAGACCAUCCUGGACAUCAAGAUCAAAAGGGCCAAUAAAGUAUAUUAUGCUGGGGAAAUGCUCUCUGGUGUAGUGGUUAUAUCUAGCGAAGAUUCAGUACAACACCAGGGAGUUUUAUUAACAAUGGAAGGUCUGGUGAACCUGCAGCUCAGUGCCAAGAGCGUUGGUAUGUUUGAAGCUUUCUGUAACUCUGUUAAGCCUAUUCAAGUUCUUACCAGUUCAAUAGAAAUUGUGAAGCCAGGAAAAUUUCCCAGUGGCAAAACAGAAAUUCCUUUUGAGUUCCCUCUGCAUGUGAAAGGCAACAAAGUUUUGUAUGAGACCUAUCAUGGUGUAUUUGUCAACAUUCAGCCUCAGAAGGGUAAAUCAACUCCAAGUCCUGUGGAUUUCACAAUCACACCUGAAACCUUGCAAAAUGUUAAAGAGAGAGCUUCCCUCCCCAAAUUUCUCAUCAUAGGACAUCUCAACUCAACCAACUGUGUUAUCACACAGCCACUAACAGGGGAGCCGGUGGUUGAGUACUCAGAAGCUGCCAUUAAAAACAUAGAGUUACAGUUGGUAAGAGUGGAAACUUGUGGUUGUGUGGAAGGCUAUGCCAGAGAUGCCACAGAGAUUCAAAAUAUUCAAUUUGCUGAUGGUGACGUUUGCAGGAGUUUAUCUGUUCCCAUAUACACGAUCUUUCCCGGACUUUUCACUUGCCCCACUCUUGAAACUACCAAUUUCAAAGUUGAAUUUGAAGUUAAUAUUGUGGUCCUGCUUCAUGAUGAUCACCUCAUCACAGAGAAUUUCCCACUGAAACUCUGCAGAAUUUAA